CUGGAUCCGGGGUCUGCCUUGUCUUCCUUCUCCAAAUUACAACAUCCAGCGCUUUUCUUACUUGUCAUCCAGUUUCGCGCUCAGUUUGUAAUGUACUGUUUAACUAGAGGACCUAAAGUAUGAAGAAGAACUGGAAGCAAAGGAUCAAGGAUAUUGAAACUUUGGCAAGCAAUUAUCAGAAAAACCCCAUCAGCCAAACUUACAAACCAAAACUUUCAAAACCAUGGCAACCAUCAUCAGUUUGGAAGUUGUUUCAUCGUCAGCAUCAAGCUUUCAAUUUUGCCAAGAGUUGUAAGGAGGAUGUUCAUGUAUUUGGUUUGGAGAAUGAAAAUGAUAAGAAGGAGACUGGACAUGGUCAACGAAUUUACCUUGUCACAACAUACACCGAGCUAUGGUUUUAUUAUCAGAAAUAUCGAAAGUCAUUAAUGCAUUGUUAUGAAGUAAUUCCAGAAGGAUCUGUGUGCCAUUUGUAUUUUGACUUGGAAUUCAUUAAACAAGCAAAUCCAGAAUGUGAUGGGAAGCAAAUGGUGUCAAAGUUAAUUCAGUAUCUUUGUCAAAAAUUGGAAGAAAUACACAAGAUAAAUUGUUCUGUGAAAGAUGUUUUGAACUUGGACUCCAGUACGCAUCAAAAAUUUAGUCGACACCUAAUAUUUCAUCUUCCUAAUGCAGUCUUUAAGAAUAAUGUGCAUGUUGGAAGUUUUAUAAGAACAAUUUUGCAGCCUGUGAUUAGACUAUUGGAAAAAAGAUGUGGAAAAACUGACCAAGAUGAUGGUUGCAGUGCCUUGCUGUCAACUCACACAUUUAUUCCAGUCACUCAAGUCUCUAGGAAGAAUUCUAGUGUCAGUGGUUGUGAAAAUCCCCCCUCAAAAAGGAGUAAGUCUGUAUUGUGGGAAAAAUUGGAUGAAAGCCAUAUGGACCCGGAUCUGUCAUUUCUAAUUGUCAAAGAUAUACAUGGAAAGGACCAACUGUUUGUGGAUUUAGGUGUGUACACAAAGAACAGAAACUUCCGAUUGUAUAAAUCGUCCAAAUUGGGAAAGAAUACUUGUUUUGAAGUUGCUGAAGACAACCAGUUUGUUCCAAAACCUGAAAAGAAUUUUUCUACGGAGGAGCUGUUUUUUCUCAGCUCUUUGGUCAGCAAUGUCAGAUUUUGUGAUGGCAUGACAGUUCUGACUUGUGAUAGCUCCGAUACAGAGGAAACCAAAGGAUGGCACAUGCAAAAUGACCCACAUCUUUCUGCAUCAGAUAUGUUUGGUUACCAUUGUUCACCGUACCCAGAGAUUGACAGUUUUAUUACUCGUCAAGUAAACAAAGGAGGAAUACAAGGUGUCUUGCGCCGAUGGAAUUAUUUCUCUUCUGAAGAACUGAUUGUGUAUGAUAUCAGCAAAAACCACUGGUGUGACAACAUUGGAAGAGCUCAUAAACGCAACCAUAUAAUGAUUGUCGUUGACUUGAAGAGGGGAAUCUGGUACCAGAAAUGUUAUGAUCCUGUUUGCCGAACUCAAAAGUUCAAAUCUGAAAAUCACCCAUUACCCCAGGAAUGCUGUUUGGAUUUCCUCAUUGAUAUGGAUAAUGAAUUUGUUUUUACCAUGGAUGAAGAUGGGAACAUUGAAGCAAGUCAAAUCAAUGUACCUCCAACAGACACCAAUUUGCAUCUUGGUAACAUUUGGGUACAACCUGGAACACAAUGUUCUGUCCUUAUGGAAAAUAGAGCUUUUAUUGAUAAUGAUGAUGAUGAUGAUGAUGCAAUGUUAUUAGAAGCUGUUGAAGACUCUGAAUUCAAUAUUAAUCUUAAUAUACAGUCAGAGUUGAGUAAUAAGGAGCCUGAAAUACUUUCUGAUAAUGACUUACUGGCAGCUGUGAAGGAACUGGAGGCAUUUACAAGCAUGGGUACAAAAUAGAUGCUGCAAAUACAUACUGGUCUCCACAGUGAAAGUUUUUGAUAAACCCCUUUUUUGUUUCAAAUUGGUCAGAAUCUGUUUUCAGGAAUUCCAAAGUGUAGUUCUCGGGAAAUCUUAUAGCUCUUCUGUUCUUCUAUUUACAGCAUUCAGGACUUUUGUUUCCUCCAUUAGGCAUUGUAAGAAAAUAAUGUUUGACAUUUUAUGACAUCCACAUAAAAGUGUAAAAAUCAGUAUAUUUGUAAAACAUUUUGCUAUAAGAAAUACAUUAAGUAUAUAGAACCUUUAUUUUGAUAGACAAAUGCAUACAAUUUUACUUUGUUUUCUAUUAAAUUUGACUCUUCAAACAAAUUUGUAAUACU